CUGCUACGCGCAAAAGAAGCGCAACCUACAAAGGUAUUUCAACCGCACAUUCAAAGAAAAAUAGAUAUGGCUGAAGCUUUGCGACCGAAAGUUGGCGUAGCUGCCAUAAUCCAUGAUGGAGCAGGGAACAUCGUGAUGGGCGAGCGCAUGGGCUCUCACGGCGCAGGGACUGUGCAGUGUCCCGGUGGACAUCUCGAAUAUGGCGAGUCGUUCGAGGAGUGCGCUAAGCGAGAAGUCCUCGAGGAAACUGGGCUGGAGAUUGGCGAUAUCGAGUUUCUUGUGGCUACGAACGACGUGUUUGGCGAAGGCAAACACUAUGUUACCAUCUUCGUCACAGCAGUCAUUGUUGGCGAUAACAAAGUCCCCCAGCCGCUUGAACCACACAAAUGUGCGCGAUGGGACUGGAUAGCUUGGAGCCAGAUGUGGCAGUGGUCCAAGGAGCAGGCCGAUGCAGAAGCUGCAAAACUCGAGGUAAAGAAACAGAUGUUUCUGCCUUUGGUCAACCUAUAUCGCGAUUACCCGGGGAUGGAGCACGCUCUGGUGCGAAACUGA